CCAGCCUCUGCCCGAAGGAAGUGUAGCGAGCAGACAGCGCCGAAUGAGGGGGACGGGGAAAUGCCGACCAAUUGCGCCGCGGCGGGCUGUGCUGCUACCUACAACAAGCACAUUAACGUCAGCUUCCACAGGUUCCCUUUGGAUCCUAAAAGAAGAAAAGAAUGGGUUCGCCUGGUCAGCCGCAAAAAUUUUGUGCCAGGAAAACACACCUUUCUUUGUUCAAAGCACUUUGAAGCCUCUUGUUUUGACCUAACAGGACAAACUAGACGACUUAAAAUCGAUGCUGUUCCAACUAUUUUUGAUUUUUGUACUCAUAUAAAGUCUAUGAAACUCAAGUCAAAGAAUCUUUUGAAGAAAAGCAACUGUUGUACUCCAACUGGACCAUCUAAUUUAAAAUCAAACAUUGGUAGUCAGCAAGUACUACUUGAACAUAGUUAUGCCUUCAAGAAUCCUAUGGAGGCAAAAAGGAGGAUAAUUAAACUGGAAAAAGAAAUAGCAAGCUUAAGAAGGAAAAUGAAAACUUGCCUACAGAAAGAGCGCAGAGCAACUCGAAGAUGGAUCAGAGUCACGUGCUUGGUGAAGAAUCUAGAAGCAAAUAAUAUAUUACCUAAGGGCACAUCAGAACACAUUUUACCAACGGCCUUAAAGCAGUCUUCCUUUGGAAAAUUUCAAGGUUCUUGAACAAGAUCAACAAAGCAAAAGGUUGCCAAUUCUCUAACUCUAAAACAGACCAAGAGUAUCUUCACUAAAGAUAAACCUAUGUAGAAAUUAUUAACUCAUCCAUUUUUUUUCAAAGGUAAAGAUAUUUAAGGGAAUUGUGGCAAAAUUGAGUAAUUAUUUUAAAGAUUUUAUUUAUUUAUUCAUGAGAAAGAUAGGAAGAGAGAGAGAAUGAACCAGACAUCACUCUGGUACAUGUACUGCUGGGGAUUGAAUUUAAGGCCUCAUGCUUGAGAGUCCAGUGCUUUAUCCACUGUGCCACCUCCCAAACCACAAAAUUGGGUAGUAAAGUAUUACUUGAAGUAACAUCAUUACUUGACUAUAAUAAGACUUGAUUAUAAACUCAAAUCAAUAAUUUCUUUUUUUUUUAAAGAUUUUAUUUAUUUAUGAGAAAGACAGGAGGAGAGAGAAAGAACCAGACAUCACGCUGACACGUGCUGCCGGGGAUCGAACUUGGGACUUCAUGCUUGAGUGUCCAAAGCUUUAUCACUGCGCCACCUCCCGGACCACAAGAAGUUUUUUCUAUCAGAGCAUAGCUCAAGUAUGGUUUAUAUUGGUGUUGGUGAUUGAACCUGGGGACUCAGUGCCUCAGGCAUGAAAAAAAAAUUUUUUUUUUGCUAGGAAAAUUUAGAGGAGAGGGGUAGAGAAAUAGUGAAAAAGACCACAGCAACUUCCUUCAGUGCUAUGGGAGCAGGAAUUGAACCUGGCUCAUGCACAUGGCAAAGCAGUAUAGCUACCUAAAUGAGCUAUUUCAAGGCCAACACAUGAAUAACCAUUAUGUUAUCUCUCCAGCCCAAAAUGGAAAACUUUCCUUUGUGUUGAUUUAUUUUACCAGAGCACUGCUCAGCUAUGGCUUAAGGCUGGGAAUUGAACCUAAGACCUUGGAGCCUUGGGCAUGAAGUCUCUUUUUCAUAACUAUUAUGCCAUCUCCCCAGACAAGUGGAAGACUUUUCAUGAAACUUUUAUUAAAAAAAGAAUAGAAGUGCCUUAGAAGAAUUAUGUGCUUAGAAUUUUGCUAGGUAAUUAUAUGUUAGCAAAAUGUUUUGUGUUUUUGUCAUUCUAAGCUACUUAUAAAGAAUGGUCUUUGACAACUAAUGUGUUUAAUUUAUAGUAGAAAUCAAAGUUUUCCUGGUACCAAAGUUGGGAUAUUAUAUUCUAAGUAAGGUACUACGUAGGAGUUAACUAACAUUAAAUAUAAUGUUAGAACUGCUGGUUUUUUUUUUUAUUUCUUUAUUGGGGGAUUAAUGUUUUACAUUCAACAGUAAAUAUAAUAGUUUGUAUGUGCAUAAAUAACAGUUCUCAGUUUUCCACCCACCCCCCCCCCCAGUGUCUUUUACUUUGGUGCAAUACACCAAUUGUAAGAACUGCUGAGUUUUUAUUGGCAUUAUCAUUUGGGAAAUUUAUAGGAAAAAAAUGAGAUGCAAGCAAGCUCUUCUGUUUAAAUUUUUGUUAUCUUAUUUUUUCUUGUCAGUGAAAGUGAACUAAUCAUAGCCUUUGAAUAUUACCUCUUAUGGUAGAUUGGGAAAUAUUUUGCAAACAACAUUUCUGAAUGUGAAAUGCCCUUGAGUCAUCCAAACUAGAUAAGACUUUAUGUGCCUCCUAGACUAUUGACUGGUUGCCUUCUAACAUAGGCAGGUGUGAUUGCAUGCAAAGAUUAGGAUCCAGUUUUUACCUUAAAGAAAUAGACACAUGCUACUCUUUUUCUCAUAAUAAAAGUAUUACAUUUCCAAUUUUAAAAACUGAUUUAUUAAUAGCAUCUGCAGCUUCAUGUUAGGAGUACUCUCUCUGUCCAUCAUGUGUUGAUAACAGAACUCUUAAGCUCAUCCCUCCCCAUUAACCCACAGUAAAAUUUAAUCCUAGGAAAGUAUCUCCAAAUAAAAAUUUUUCAUUGAUUACUGAAGAAAAGUAUUCACCGUAUUAGAACUUUACAACUUAUAAUUUAAUAUGAAAUUAGUUUAUCUUACCCAUUAGCUUGCUUUUUAUCUUUUUGUAAUGAGAAUCAAAUAGAGCAGCUGUACCACAUUGGGGAAUAUAAUGUAGUUCCUGAUAAAAAUCCUGAUAGAAAAGUGUCUGUGAUAAAGCUAUGCAAGUGCUAGUUAUUUUACAUAACAAUAUCACAAUGAUUGUAGUCACUUGAACAAGUAAAGGGUUUGCUUUAUAUCAACACAGUUGAAAUAGCUGUUCAGAACUACUCUUUAAAAUAGCUUUGUUUAAAUCAUGUCAAAUUUAAUGUUGAAUGUCAAACAUUAAUUCCCCAAUAAAGAAAUAUUAAAAAAAAAUAAAAAUCAUGUCAAAAGUUAGUGUGUAAUGAAGUAAUUCAAUCCUGGUGAGCUUCUGACACCCUAACAUAAAACAUAAAAGAAAUAUAGUUUAAAUUGCUACAAAUCUUUUUUUAAAAAGUUAAUCGCUGUUUGUUUUGUUUUGUUUUUUACCAGAGUUUGGUUUAUGGUAGUGCCAGGGGAUUGAAGCUGGGACUGUGGAGCCUCAGUCAUGAGAGUCUUUUUUCAUAACCAUUAAGCUAUCUACCCCUGCCUGCUGUUGACUUUUUUCUCCAACUAUUGGAAUUAUUAUUUUUUAAAGUAGCAUUUGUCUACUACUAUUUUUACAGUACUAGCACGUGUGUGUGUGU